GGCGUGUGCGUAGAGGACGACCAAGCAAGCACAUCAGCUCUGUCGGCAUUGAGGAAUUGACCUCAGGGAGCGGCGGCAUUAAGUAGACUUUCCACAAAAGACAAUCUCACAGGGUGUUUAUUUCUGGGUAAAAUCGGUUUUUAUUCACUAGCCAUGAAGUUAUUGUGGGCUGUCGCUGCCCUGCUUUUGAGCUGUUGGCGAGCCGACGCUUCUACAGGCCCCAAAAUCACUGCAGAUCCCACUGAGGUUGUCAACCAAACAUCUGCCAUUCUGAGAUGCAACUUGACCGAGAGUAACCUUAGCAGUAAGGGUUCCUACUGGACUCUCAAUGGCAAAGUCAUUGAGGACACAAAGUCUGAUGUGAACAAGUACCAUGCUCAGUUGAGUUUGGAAAAAAUAACCCAUGCAGAGUCUGGACCCUAUGAAUGUGUUUUUGAUACAGAGCCACAAGUAAAGCAGACCAUUGAAGUGAAAGUACUUCCUUCUGUUGGAGCCUAUAAGCACUCUGAACACGGGAAUGAGAAUGACAAAGUAGUGCUCAAAUGUGUGGCUCAUGGUUACCCCCUUCCCACUGACUGGGUGUGGUUCAAAGAGGAUGCAGAGGAUGGUCGUGAAAUGCCCAUCUCCAACUUCACUAAUGAAAGAUACAAUAUCAAGAGUACCCCCAACCAGACCCUCCUGACCAUUGAUGAACUGGACAUGGAGGGCGACAGUGGAAACUACAUUUGCUCUGGUACCAAUGAACUCGGCACUAAUACCGACAAGAUAAAGCUGCGAGUACGGAGUCGCCUGGCUGCCCUCUGGCCCUUCCUCGGCAUUGUGGCAGAGGUCAUCAUCCUCGUGACAAUCAUCUUCAUCUAUGAAAAGAGGAGAAAGCCUGAUGAGGUCAACGAUGACGAUGACGUAGGAUCUGCUCCUCUGAAGAGCAAUUCCACUUCAAACCACAAGGACAAGAAUGUGAGGCAAAGGAAUUCCAACUAAAAACAGCAGGAGAUGGAUGUCCAGUUGGCACCCCAGGAUUUAUGUGUGGCACAUUAUAUUGUGCAAUCCCUCCAUUUUUUAACUAGCUUUUGGUGUUUUGUUUUUUUUCUUCCCUCUUCUUUGCAUCGUGCAGCCAGGAACAUGGUGUGAAACUCUCUGCUUGAGGCCCUGUGGCAAAUUUUGCAUGAGUUUAAAUGCUAUUCUAGCAAAGUGUGUGCUGUAAGAUUACAUAGGAAUGCAUAGUUUUGUAAAUUUCUUUUAUAAGCUGAUUCUUCCUGCUUUACAAUUGUCACUGUUUAUAUGAUUAACUGUUCGCAACAAGUUUUCUGUAAUACCUUUUAACAAGAUUAUUGGUGGAAAAACAGUGCACUAGAUUUCAUGUAUGAGCUGUUGCAGCCCCUCAAGCUGUGGUUUGCAGAGUGUUUUACUUUGCCUUAAACUGCUUUUCAUGUCUUUUUUUUUGUUUUUAACCUUGCCUCUUUUAAAAAAUACUUUUAGAUCCAAAUUUCUUUUUAGAAAUUUACAACCAUUUAAUCUCUUCAAAGUCUUUAUCUUAGAUCUAAUUUUAAUUGGAUGAUUCUUUUCUUUUUUUUUUUCUUUUUUUUUUUUGACUUAAAAUGGUUUAUCUUUGCAGACUUGACCACUCCAGUAUAAAGAUUACCCUGGACCAAGUGCAAAAGAUUAGGUGUUGCAAUGCAUAUUUGGUAAUGUGCACACAUUUUGAAUAAAACUACUGAAUCUCUGCUUUUGCUAUCUGAAACAUCUGAUUGUUAAAUGGUUGUCUCUUUCCUCUUCACUGUGUAGAUAAUUCAGAAGCCAUAUAUAUAUAUUUCAUUUAACCUGAACAGUGUGGUUAUUGAAUGUUAAAUUUUAGAGUUGCAAAAUUUAAAGAGUUGGCCAGAUUGUGUCAAGUGUGUAGCUCGGAAGGACAUCAUUUGUACAACUUGCACAAACUGAAAUAAAGAGAUUGAAAUUUA